AAAUCUAUAUUAAUAUCACUAUUAUUUAUUGUAUUUAUUCAUUAUAAUGAAGCUCAGGUAAAGUUUGGAUAUCCUAUUCCAACAAAUGAAGAGGAUUUAUCCUGUACAAUUAAUUUAUGUGCAAAAAGAGGAGAACAUUGCAGUACAGAAAAUAAAACAACUGGAUUUGAAUGUGACAUACGUGAUAGAUGUUUGGAUGGAAUAUGUGUAGAGGGUUUAUUAGAAAAUGAAGUUUGUCAAAUAAGUGCAGAUUGCGAUUUUGGUUAUUCAUGUGUACCAUCAUUAAAUGGAAAAAAAUAUUGCGAAAAAGCUUUUUUUAUAGACUAUGGUGGAGCUUGUAAUAAAUCUAUUCAAUGCUCUCAUAGUUUAGAUUGCGUUAAUAAUGUUUGCUCAACACCUUUAUUGGGAUGUUUUUCUGAUUUGCAAUGUGCAGAGGAUGAAAUAUGCACAAAUGGGGCUUGCCAAAAGUAUAUAUUACAGGAAAAUGAAUGUUUUAUCUAUAGAUCACUUCCAUGUAAUAAAAAUUUUAGGUCAUGUAUUUUAAAAUCAUUUAAUGUAUCUUCAAUAGGAAUAUGUAUAGAUGAUGUACCAGAAGGUUCACCUUGUUUAACAGCGAAAUUUUCUUGUCAAUGGGGUUUGGGACAAUAUUGUAGCCCUCUUUUUGUUGGUUCAUCAUUGGGUAAAUGUUCGAAUCCUGGUUCAAAUAAGUUUAAUACAUGUACCACAAGAAGAUCUUGUGGUGAGAAUGAAUAUUGUAAAUGUGAUCCUACAAGUGGUAUUGGAUAUUGUGUAAUUUUAGGUACAUUUCUUGGGAACAAUUGUCAAGAUGCUUCAAAACUUUAUAUAGAGUGUUUUCUUAGGUCAAAUUGUACACAACCAUACUCAGCAAAUCCAUUUUCAUGUGUUAGAAGAAAUUGCAUGCAAGAAUCUUUGUGUUAUGAAUCAUUUUGUUCCGAAAAAUUACUACCCUUUGAUUUUUGUGCAGAUUCGCCGUGUAAUUUACAAUUGUUU